AUGGAGAAACUCCCACACUGUGUUUUAUCAAACAUAUUCAUCGGGUUUAGGGCGAAACAUCUUGCUCAAAUGAGGACUGUCUCCAAAUCCUGGAAUGCUCUGUUAUCUCAUUCCUCCUUCAUAAAAUAUCACCUGGAUCAUUCAGUUGAUAGCAACAAUGAAAUUCUCUUGAUCUUCAAAAAACCAUUUUCUUUUGACUCUAAACCAUUUACAGUACACCUCUCUCGAUCUCCCAAUCUGGAUCUCGCUAAUUUCAUCAAACUCCCACUUAAUCCCCAAUCUAAAAACAGAAGUGGCAGUGUCGUUGGAUCUGAUGUCAUCAAACUCCCACUUAAUCCCCAAUCUAACGGCUUAAUAUGCUUUGAAUACGGAUCAUAUGAGUAUUCUGAUGUCAUCUACAUAUGGAACCCUUCUCUCUCUGCCUUGUUAACUCUCCCACCCUAUUCAAUGCCCUCUGAAUGUAAUGCUUGGAUCUGUACUUAUUUCGGGUUUGGGUUUGAUCCCACAACUGAUGAUUACAAAGUUGUAAAAGUUUUAGGCAUCAUUGGUUCAAAAGUGGACACUACAGAGUGGAUGCAAGUUGAGGUUUACAGCAUGAGAAAGGGGACCUGGGAGUUUAUCACUCAAAAGAUUCCAUCACACCUCACAAAUAUUUAUGAUCAAGAUGUAGUUUGUCAAAAUGGUGCAGAGACAUUUCGUGAGAUACAUCUUCCAGAUUCUGUACUAGAUUACACUGUGUAUAAAAUCUCAAAUCUUUUAGGAGUUUUUACUGGAAAACUUUGUGUAAUGUCAAGCUUUCAAGCAAGUGGAUCAACUAAAUUUGAGUUGUGGGUGAUGGAUGAGUAUGGGGUGGCUGAAUCAUGGGUGAAACUUCAUGUCUUUUCCCCUUGUGAGUUAAAUCCGCGUGGAAUCAUAUCACACAAUGAGUUCCUUUUUCAAGAUUUAAGAGGUGAUCUUGCUUUGUAUGAUCCAAUUGCAACUAAAUUCUUCAAGUUUCAGGGUGAAUGUAAAUGGAUACAUAAAGUUGUUCGGUAUGUUGAUAGUCUUGUUUGGGUGUCACCUGCCAGCUGCUGCAGCAUCUCUCAAUUUCAAUUUUGA